AUGCUCUUAAAUGAUGAUGCUAAUGAAGAUGGUACUGAUGAUGAGGAGGAUGAGGAUGAGGAUGAUACUAAUGAUGAGGAUAAUGAUGAUGAUGAUGAUAAUGAUGACGAUGAUGAUAAUGAUGACGAUGAUGAUAAUGAUGAUGAUGAUGAUGAGAUCGGCAGAAGAUUGAUGGUUGAAAUGGGGAAAUAUAGUGCUGCUGAAGAAUAUUAUCUUUCACUAUUGGAAAAUAAAAACGUGAUUAAAGAUUUAACAUAUCUUGCAGGUAUCUAUAAUGAACUUGGACGGAUUUAUCAACAAACUGGUGAGAAGAUAAAAGCUAUUGAAUGCUUUUCAAAAGCAAUUGAUAUCGAACUUGAACAUUUACUUCCAACUCAUAGAAAUUUAGCAAGACUUUAUUGUAGUCUUGGAAAAAUUCAUCAUGAACAAGGUGAUUAUCAAGCAGCUUUAAUAAAGUAUCAUGAAGCGCUCAAUAUUGAACUAAAUCAGGAUAGACCAGAGGAAAUCACACUUGCUAAAUACUACCAUGCCGUUGGUCAAGUAAACUUGACGAGUGAGGAAGUUCAUCGUAUGAUGAAAAAAACAAGAAAUAUUCGAAAUAUAGCCAUCCUCGCUAAGACGAAUGAUGAAGAAUCAACAUUAAUUAAUUUGCUUGUGAACAAAGCUGGUAUUAUUAUUUCGCAGAAAACAGAUGAAAUGCAUUUGACUGAGAGUGAAACAAAUGAACUCGAACAACCUACUCUAAUUAAACCAGCAGUCAUUUCAGUUUAUUAUGACUUACCCGCUAAAUAUUUAGAAUUCUUUAAUCACGAACCUGAACUCGAUUCAUCUCAAUUUUUAAUUAAUCUUAUUGAUUCAAUGAUUCAUAGUAAUAUUUCAUCAAUAUCUGCUCCUUGUUUAUCGCUUGCUGAUGGUAUUCUUAUCGUUAUCGAUUGUAUUUCAGAUGUCUGCUUAGUGACUGAAACAAUUCUUCGUCAAGCUAUUCGUCAACGGAUAAAACCAAUUUUAUUUUUUAAUAAUAUGGAUCAUGCUUUGCUAGAUUUAAAAUAUGAAUCUGAAGAUCUUUUUCAACAAUUUCAACAGAUUCUCAAAAAUAUCAAUACUAUCAUCACUACUUAUGGUGAUGACAAUAACCAUAUAAAUGAUUUUAUAAUCGAUCCAAAAAAAUAUGCAGUUAUAUUCGGUUCUACUCUUCAUGGUUGGGCUUUUACAAUAACACAAUUUGCCGAUAUUUAUGCAUCAAAAUAUGAUAUUGAAAAGAAUAAAUUAAUGGAACAAUUAUGGGGUGAUCAUUUCUUCUCCCCGGUGACAAAGAAAUGGUCAACAAUUCAAGAAAAAGGUUCUGUUCGAGGUUUUUGUCAAUUUAUUCUUAAUCCUAUUAAUCAAUUGUUCAAAGCUAUAAUGAAUUCAAGAAAAGAUGAAUUUACAAAAUUAUUUGAAGAAUUCAAUAUAGAAUUACAAGAUGAAUUGAGUAAAGAUGGUAUAUUACUACUAAAACUUGUUAUGAACAAAUGGUUACCUAUUGAUGAUAUUCUACUUACGACAAUGGUUAUUCAUUUACCAUCACCAGUUCUUGCACAAAAGUAUCGAACUGAACUUCUUUAUGCGGGUCCGCAUAAUGAUGAUGUAUUUUUGAGUAUUCAAUCAUGUAAUUCAAACGGUCCAUUAAUGAUUUACAUUUCAAAAAUAAUACCGACAUUAAAUAAAUCGCAUUACUAUGCAUUUGGUCGUGUUUUUUCCGGUAUUGUUAAGUCAAAUGAACAUGUUCGUAUAUUGGGUCCUAAUUAUAUACCAGGCAAAAGAGAAGAUCUCUAUAUUAAAAAUAUUCAACGAAUAGUUGUAAUGAUGGGUCAAUCUAUUCAACCAAUUGACGAUUUAUCAUGUGGUAAUAUCUGUGGUCUCAUUGGUAUUCAUCGAUAUUUAGUUAGAACUGGUACAAUUACAACAUCUGAGCAUGCACAAAGCAUUUGUAUGUUGAAAACUAACAUCAAUUCUAUCGUAUAUGUUACUGUAGAACCAACUAAUUCAGCUGAUUUACCAAAAUUAGUGGAAGGUAUGAAAUGUUUAGUUCAAGUAGAUCCUCUUGUUCAAUGUUAUACUGAACAGUCUGGUGAACAUAUUACAGCCUGUGUUGAUGAACUACAUUUGAAAAAUUGCUUAGAAGUUUUGGAAAGAAACUAUGCUUGUAUUCCGAUUAAAGUUUCUGAUCCUGUGACAUUGUAUCGUGAAACUGUAUCGAAAGAAUCCGACAGAAUGUGUCUAGCGAAAUCUCCUAAUAAACAUAAUCGAAUCUAUUUAAAAGCUCAGCCUAUGCCUAAUGGUUUACCAGAAGAUAUUGAAAAUGGUCAAAUAACAUCAAAUCAAGAAAUAAAAGCACGUGCACGUUAUUUAUAUGAAAAAUAUGAUUAUGAUAUAUACGAAGCACGUAACAUUUGGUGUUUUGGACCAGAGAAAACUGGACCGAACUUUUUAAUCGAUUCUACUAUACGAAUGCAAUAUCUCAAUGAAAUAAAAGAUUAUUGCGUUAGUGCAUUUCAAUGGGCUACAAAAGAAGGUGUACUCGUUGAAGAAAAUGUUCGAGGUGUUCGUUUCGAUAUUCAUGAUGUAUAUAUUAGGGAUGCAAUACAUCAUGGUGCUGAACAAAUUAUUCCAACGAUGCGUCGUGUUCUUUAUGGAUCGAUGCUUACUGCUAGUCCAAGACUUGUCGAACCAAUUUAUUUAUAUGAAAUUCAGUAUCCACAAGUGAUCGCUGGUCAUAUUUAUAGUGUGCUAAACCGUCGUCAGGGUUAUAUUUCUGAAGAACGUCAAAUAUUUGGAACAUCAACAUAUGUCGCUAAAGCUUACCUACCGAUCAGCGAGUCUCUUGGCUUUACUGAUGAUCUUUGUUCGAGUGCUGAUGGUCAAAUAGUUAUCCGAUGUGUAUUUCAUCAUUGGCACAUAUCAGAUGAAGAUCCACUUGAUGAAUCAACUAGAAUUCGGCAAGUUGUUAAGAAUAUUCGAAGACGUAAAGGACUGAAAGAAAAUAUUCCAUCUACAAAUGAUUAUCUUGAUAAAUUAUAA